AUUUUUUUUAUUUUUCUUCUCUUCCUUUCUUUUUACAUAAAAAAGAAUGUCAAGUCUUGAACCUACGACCAACAAAAGGAUUGCAUUACCGAUGCGGAUCGAACCCAAAGUGUAUUUUGCAAAUGAAAGAACAUUUCUAUCAUGGCUUCAUUUUACGGUUGUAUUGGGAGGCUUGGCAAUGGGAUUAUUGAACUUUGGAGAUAAAAUCAGUCAAUUUUGUGCCUUGAUGUUUACCGUAAUUGCGAUGUUUGUUAUGGUGUAUGCCCUGUAUGUUUUCCAUUGGCGUGCCAACACGAUUCGAUAUAGAAUGGAUGUAUCCUAUGAUGAUCGUUGGGGUCCAUCUUUUCUUUGUGUAUUUUUAUUAGCAGCUGUGCUUGUUAAUCUUUUUCUUCGUAUAAAUGACAAGUAGAAUUAAAAUGUAUUACAUUCUUUAAAAUAGAUAUAUUUUGUUUAUUCAGUUUCACAACUAAUCAUAAUAAUAAAACAAAAAAGU